AUGGCUCCGCCUCGUCCGCGGGCCAGUGCUGUCGAUACGGACGCAUCAAUGCUAGAUGUGCAAGAGCCUGUAUCUAACCUAGCUGACGCAAUGGAUGUUGAUGAAACCCCAGAUCAGACUGACACAGAUACCAAUCCCAACACUACAGCAAGUAGUGUUGCCGGUGAUCAGAUUGCCGAUGGGCGCAAAAAGCGUUCUGAAGCCAACCAGCUUCGAAGAAGUAUCUUCGGCAAGAAACAUGACUUGCUAGGAGAAUCCAAGGAGGAUGACAGCAUCAGAAGAUUUCGCUACUUAUUAGGAUUGACCGACCUUUUCCGACAUUUCAUCGAGACGAACCCUAACCCCAAAAUUCGCGAGAUUAUUCAUGAGAUCGAUCGUCAGAAUGAGCAGGCGGAGAAAGCAAAGAAGAAGGGCGUUCGUCAAGGUGGGGCAGAGACAGGCCGAGCUCGCCGUACAGAAGCCGAAGAAGAUGAAGAGUUACUGAAGGAUGAGAGACAAGGCGGAUCAGCAGAAACUGUCUUUCGCGAAUCGCCGUCUUUUAUCAAUGGCACGAUGAGAGAUUACCAAAUUGCUGGGUUGAAUUGGCUCAUUUCCCUGCACGAAAAUGGAAUCUCAGGUAUCCUUGCAGACGAGAUGGGUUUAGGCAAAACCCUCCAAACCAUUUCCUUUUUGGGUUACCUUCGUCAUAUCAUGGAUACGAAAGGCCCUCAUUUGGUCAUCGUGCCCAAGUCUACUCUAGACAAUUGGAAGCGGGAGUUUGCCAAGUGGACACCCGAAGUUAAUGUUCUGGUUUUACAAGGCGCUAAAGAGGAACGACACAACCUGAUUAACGAGCGUUUGAUCGACGAGAAGUUUGAUGUGUGCAUCACGAGUUACGAGAUGAUCCUUCGUGAGAAGACGCAUUUGAAGAAAUUCGCCUGGGAAUAUAUUAUCAUCGACGAAGCCCACCGUAUCAAGAACGAAGAGUCGUCCCUAUCGCAAGUAAUUCGCUUAUUCAACUCGCGAAACCGACUUCUUAUUACUGGAACACCACUCCAGAAUAACCUGCACGAGCUCUGGGCACUCUUGAACUUCUUGUUACCUGAUGUAUUUGGUGAUAGCGAGGCCUUCGACCAGUGGUUCUCGGGACAAGAUGCAGAUUCAGAAGUGGUUGUUGAGCAGCUGCACAAGGUCCUACGACCUUUCUUGCUCCGUCGAGUUAAGGCGGAUGUGGAGAAGAGCUUGUUACCCAAGAAGGAGAUCAACCUCUACCUUGGUAUGUCAGAAAUGCAGGUGAAAUGGUACCAGAAGAUCCUAGAGAAGGAUAUUGACGCUGUCAAUGGUGCCGGCGGUAAGCGGGAAUCUAAAACUCGCCUGCUCAACAUUGUCAUGCAAUUGAGGAAGUGUUGCAACCAUCCUUACCUUUUUGAGGGAGCUGAACCUGGACCUCCUUACACGACCGAUGAGCAUCUGGUCUACAAUUCAGGCAAAAUGGCCUUACUCGAUAAGCUUUUGCGAAGACUACAGAAACAGGGCAGCCGCGUCCUCAUAUUCUCACAGAUGAGCCGUCUUUUGGAUAUUCUCGAGGACUACUGUGUAUUCCGCGAGUAUAAGUACUGUCGAAUCGAUGGAAGCACAGCUCACGAAGAUCGCAUAGCGGCAAUUGAUGAAUACAAUAAGCCGGAUUCAGAGAAAUUCAUUUUCCUCCUCACAACUCGAGCUGGUGGUCUCGGAAUUAAUCUAACCAGUGCUGAUAUUGUUAUCCUCUACGAUAGCGACUGGAACCCGCAGGCUGAUCUGCAAGCUAUGGACCGCGCUCACAGAAUUGGUCAAACGAAGCAAGUAGUUGUUUACAGGUUUGUCACGGAGAAUGCAAUCGAAGAGAAGGUACUUGAGCGGGCGGCACAGAAGCUUCGCCUUGACCAAUUGGUUAUUCAGCAAGGACGUGCUCAUCCAGGAGCUAAAGGUCCAGCAGCUAAAGAUGAGCUCCUUGACAUGAUCCAGCACGGUGCGGAGAAAGUCUUCCAACAAAAGGGAGCCACCGGAAUGGCAGCUAAGGGAGCAGAUCUCAACGACGAAGAUAUCGAUGAGAUCUUGGCGAAGGGUGAGAGUCGUACCAAGGAGCUCAACGCCAAGUAUGAGAAACUUGGCAUUGACGAUCUACAAAAGUUCUCUUCAGAAUCUGCUUAUGAGUGGAAUGGCGAAGUGUUCGGGAAAAAGAAGGAUAUUGGCGUGAAUUGGAUUAAUCCCGCAAAGCGGGAACGCAAGGAGCAGUCCUACUCCGUCGACAAGUUCUACCGACAGGCCAUAUAUGGUACUAGCAAGGCAGAAGCUAAACCUAAGGCUCCUCGAGCACCGAAGCAGGUCGCAGUUCACGAUUAUCAGUUCUAUCCCCCUCGACUCCGUGACCUUCAGGAUCGAGAGACCGCCUUUUAUCGCAAGGAGAUUGGAUAUAAGGUACCUUUGCCCGACGGAGAUGACGACAAUUUGUCGGAACGUGAAGCGGAGCGUGCCCUUGAUCAGCAGGAGAUUGACAAUGCUACUCCCCUUACGGAAGAGGAGCAAGAAGAGAAACAGAAACUGUCCGCUCAAGGCUUCGGGGACUGGAACAAGCGUGACUUCCAGCAGUUUAUCAACGGCUCUGGUCGCUACGGGCGUCAUGAUUAUGACCGAAUUGCGGAAGAAGUCGACAGCAAGACCGCCGCAGAGGUUAAAGCCUAUGCUAAGGUUUUCUGGCAGCGAUAUACCGAGAUCGCCGAUUAUAACAAGUACUUGCAAGUAAUUGAAACUGGAGAAGAACGCAUGCGUAAGACGGAGCAUCAGCGCAAAAUGCUCAGGAAGAAGAUGCAACAAUAUCGAGUGCCACUGCAGCAGAUGAAGAUCAACUAUUCGGUGUCUACAACAAACAAGAAGGUCUAUACUGAGGAAGAGGAUAGAUUCCUCCUGGUCAUGUUAGACCGACAUGGCGUCGAUUCUGAGAGUAUCUACGAGCGAAUUCGUGACGAGAUUCGAGAGAGUUCUCUAUUCCGAUUCGAUUGGUUCUUCCUUAGUAGGACACCUAUCGAAAUCAGCCGUCGCUGCACUACACUGCUUACUACGAUUGUGAAGGAGUUUGAAGAUACGUAUCCGAGCAAGGCGAACGGAAGCAACGGCAAAGGGAAGAGAGAGCUAGAUGACGAAGAGAACGACGAGGAUAGCAUCCUCGGAAUGGCCCCCGCAAAGAAGAAGUCAAAGACCAGUGUCAAGAACAAGGCCCUUGACAACGUCAAAGGUGGCAGUAGCAAGACUACUUCUGCCACGCCUUCCUCUCGCGCCUCUAGUGUCGCUUCUACUACCUCGGCGCCCGUGGCCAAGUCGAAAGCCAAGGGAAAGAAGAAAUAA